AAACCAGGCCUUCUUACUUAAAUGCUAAAAACUCUGGUUAAUUGCUGCUCUGAAAGCCAACGAGAUAAGAACAGCUUAAGUGCCAAAAAAAUAUUCCAUGGAGUAAAAGUUUACCGUUUAUGAGACAGCAAUGAUAGUUCAAUAAACAAUCAAGCGUAAUAUACUGUAAGUUUCACGUGAUUACGUAAUGGACUAAUUUCACGAAUAACAAGUGAAACUGAACAUGGAGAAUGUGAUCGUGGAGAAUAUGGUCGCGCUCGAAUAAGAUCAGUUUAGGGGAACAGGCGAAGGCGUGGAGGGGCGUGCGUGCGCCGGUGCACUGCCCAUACAACCGGCAAAAUGGACGCACCGCGCCUGACGUGGACUCUGUGCCUCCUGACUCUGUUUAUCUGUGUGACAGCCCAUAAUAUACCAGAAAAAGAACCUGAAGAUGACAAACUGGAACUAUACGACGGUGUUUAUGUUACGAUUCCGAAGAGUAACAGCACAGGAAGGUUGUUGUCGUUUGAAGUCGAUACCGGCAAAAAUUUGAAUGAAGGCCGUGGAAAAAAGAAGAACAUAAUGCAGAGAAUUCUACCGAUGUUUAUAUUACCGUUCGUCCUCCAAUCGGCGAUAAUGCCUCUUGUUCUGGGCAUGCUAAAGUUCAUGCUAGUCAAGUCACUGCUCGUAGGAAAGCUAGCCUUAACAUUAAUCAUGAUAAACGCCUUCAAAAACCAUAAUUCCUUCAAGGGUAGAGACGCAGAAAUGGCGAGUGUCCACUACGGUUACCAUGGCGACGGGAUGGAACAUUACACGUCUUAUUUAAAUUAAACAUAGUAGAUCCUCUUUGUAUGGAAAUGUAAUUACUUAGCCAAGAGUCCGACUAGAGUACUCAUGUGUCGUGUUUAGAAAUAUUAAUUGAAUUCUCGACUGAUUAAAGUAAUAAUUUAUU